AUGUCCUUCCAUAGAAAGAGCGACAGCUCGAACAGAUCCAAGUACCAGGAGUUCGAUCCUGAGUCUGGCGAAUUGGGCAGAAAGAGAUCGCUUGUCAGACCUGAGAGAUCUCGUAUAGACCCUGACCAUCCCAGAUACCACUACACCCAGGUCACCAAUCAGGAAGCUGGCCACUUGAAGGUGCUUCCUUCUUCAACUGGCCUAGACCCGCACCUGCAAACAGACCACUUGAGUCCCACCAGGUCGUACCAGCCUGCCAACUUAAACAUAUAUAAGACGACUGGUCAGAGCGAUGAAGACGAGGGCAUACCCCUCAUGGAUAUCCACGACUCAUCGCCAGGUGGCAAUGACUUGAAGGGUGGUGUAGAAGUGUUUGGUUUGAACGAUGAAAUCAACGACGAAUACAACUCUCCGUCUAAGAACAAGGUAAUUUCAAAACCAAUCAGAGCUCCAUAUGUAGAGGAAGAUGACGACAAGAAGAGUAACAUCUAUUUCUGGAAGGUGUACUGCUAUGUCAUCACGUUCUGGGCCCCAGCCCCGUUGUUGAAGUUGUUUGGAUUGAAAACCAAGGAUCGUCAAUUUGCCUGGAGAGAAAAAAUCGGUUUGAUCUCGUGUAUUCUCUACAUCGGUACUAUUGUUGCAUAUUUAACCUUUGGUUUCACCAGGACAGUUUGUUCUAACAAGCAAAUCAGAACCAGAUACAAUGAAGUCAACAGCGGUACCUUGGUCAUCAACGGUAGAGCCUUUGAUUUAUCGAAUUCGCAACAUCCAAAAGCCGCAGGUAUUUCAGCAGGCUCUAAUGUCCUUUAUCCACCCAUUAAUGCCGGCGGUAUGGAUGCUUCGUUCCUUUUCCAGAAUGUUAAUGGUAACUGUAAGAACUUAAUUGUUCCUAAAGAGAACUGUUCGAUUCCAACCAAUGACGAUAAAGAGUUAGCUUGGUACAUGCCUUGCCGUUUACUUAACCAGGAUGGCUCUUCUCAGCCUAACUUCACCACAGAAUACUACAAAGGUUGGGCUUGUCACACAAGUUCUUCUGCUAGAGAAGCAUUCUACAGUUUGGAUGUCAGCGGUGACGUCUACUUCACCUGGGAUGACAUCAGAAACAAUUCCAGAAACUUGGUUGUCUACUCCGGAAAUGUUCUAGAUCUUGAUUUGCUCAAUUGGAUUCAAACAGACGACGUCGAUUAUCCAGAUUUGUUCAACAAGUUGCGUGAAGACUCUACUUUCCGUGGCCAUGAUAUAUCUCUUGUCUUAACGAACCCGGAAGAAAGACAGGCCGCAAGAUGUUUGAGUGAAGUCAUCAAGGUUGGUACUAUCGAUUCCGAUACCAUUGGCUGUAUUGCGUCCAGUAUCGUUUUGGUGGUUUCGUUGAUUUUCAUUUUGUCUGUCGUAGUUGUCAAGUUCAUUAUGGCUUGUUAUUUCAGGUGGGUAAUAUCCAGAAAGCAAGGUGCUACUGAAAUCGACAACAAGUCUAUGGCUCAAAGAGAGAAGGAAAUCGAAAACUGGGUGGACAACCCAGACACCGCUAUCGGUAAUACAAUCAAAACUGUUCCUAUUAAAGCAAGAGCUAACUACAAGAGUGCUAAGACUAACAGACAAUCAGUCUUUUUCAAGAACAGCAACAGAUUAUCGUUGGCUCCCACUGCUGAAUUGGCUCAAUACUACGAUAAUUCUGAUAAGUUGUCCAAAUCUUUCAAGUACACUACCAUGACUACGCAGGCUGCUUUGUUGGGACUGUCUUCAAAGAAAAAUGGAUUGAAGACUGCCGGUACAAGACAGUCUACUCUCUACUUGUCGGAGCAUGGUUCUUCUACAGACUUGUUGUCCAGACCAGUAUCUGCUUACAACCCAUUUGAAACCUUUGAAGAUGCUUAUCCAAUGAAGACUUUAUCUCCCGAUCUCAUUCACCCUGAUGUUGUUCCUCAGCCUCCAGUAGAGUACCAACCAUUUGGAUAUCCUUUGGCCCAUGCCAUAGUUUUCGUAACGUGUUACUCUGAAGAUGAGGAUGGUAUCCGUACCACUUUGGACUCUAUUGCAACUACCGACUACCCCAACUCUCACAAGGUGAUAGUGGUUGUCUGUGAUGGUAUAAUUAAGGGUUCUGGAAAUGACAGAACAACUCCUGAUAUAUUGUUGGACAUGAUGUCUGAAUUUGCUAUUCCAAAGGAUGAAGUUCAGCCAUACUCUUACGUAGCAGUUGCCCAAGGUAGUAAGCGUCAUAACAUGGCCAGGAUCUAUUCCGGUUUCUAUAAGUAUAACGACGAUACUGUCCCAGUUGAAAAGCAACAAAGAGUUCCUAUAGUUACAAUUGUUAAGUGUGGAACCCCAGAUGAAGCAGGCUCUCCAAAGCCUGGUAACAGGGGUAAGCGUGAUUCCCAAAUCAUUUUGAUGUCUUUCUUGCAGAAAAUAAUGUUUGAUGAAAGAAUGACUGCCUUGGAAUACCAAAUAUUGAUGAGCAUCUGGAGAAUAACAGGGUUGAUGUCUGAAUUGUAUGAAGUAGUGUUGAUGGUUGACGCUGAUACCAGGGUUUUCCCAGACAGUUUAACACAUAUGUGUGCUGAAAUGAUCAAGGAUCCUUCUAUUAUGGGAUUGUGUGGGGAAACUAAGAUUGCUAACAAGAAACAAUCUUGGGUUACGGCAAUUCAAGUCUUUGAGUACUAUAUUUCUCAUCACCAAGCCAAGGCUUUUGAAUCUGUGUUUGGUGGUGUCACAUGUUUGCCUGGUUGUUUCUCGAUGUACAGAAUCAAGACUCCAAAGGGUUCUGACGGUUAUUGGGUUCCGAUUUUGGCUAAUCCUGAUAUUGUUGAAAGAUAUGCUGAUAACGUUGUAGAUACAUUGCAUAGGAAGAACUUGUUGUUGUUAGGUGAGGAUCGUUUCCUUACCUCUUUGAUGUUGAGAACUUUCCCCAAGAGAAAACAAGUCUUCGUUCCAAAAGCAGCGUGUAAAACUGUUGUUCCUGACAAAUUUAAAGUUUUGCUUUCUCAGCGUCGUCGUUGGAUUAACUCUACUGUUCAUAACUUGUUGGAAUUGGUUUUGGUUAAGGACUUGUGUGGUACCUUCUGUUUCUCGAUGCAGUUUGUUAUUUUCAUUGAAUUGAUUGGUACAUUAGUUUUGCCAGCAGCUAUCUCCUUCACAGUUUAUGUCAUUGUCGUUGCUAUUAUUUCGAAGCCUACUCCAAUCUUGUCGUUGGUUCUUUUGGCCAUUAUCUUUGGGUUGCCGGGUUGUUUAAUUGUCAUUACGGUGUCUUCUCUUUCAUACAUUAUCUAUUUCUUCAUCUACCUUUUUGCAUUGCCAAUCUGGAAUUUUGUCUUGCCAACCUACGCUUAUUGGAAAUUUGAUGAUUUCAGUUGGGGUGAAACAAGAUCAGUUGCGGGAGGCGAUAAGGGAGACCACGGUAGCUCUACGGGUAAGUUCGACUCUUCCAUGAUCACAAUGAAACGUUGGAAGGAAUUUGAAAGAGACAGAAGAAACAAAGAAUCGGUUGGUCACACCAGCAACAUAUUGCCAUUGCCAGGUGCCACAUGGGAUCCAUCCAAUUCGGAGAAGUUGUUGGAUGAAACCUACUCUGAAGGGUCAGGAUCGGGUUCCUUGCCUGGAGUACCCCUCUAG